AUCUCCGACAGGAAUCCGAGCCGCCCUGAAUCCCCUCUCUCCUUGUUUUUUUUGUUUUAGUUGUUCAGAAGCGCUUGAGCUCCAAACGCUCCGGGCCCUCCUUGUUUUUUCCGAUCUGUUAGAGUGCUACGGUGCAGCACUUUGGUGUUCCCUUCUUCUUCCUUGUUUUGAAUUGGCGUGAGGAGUCCGGCUCCGACGGCUACGGCUUCUUUCUCUCUGUGUUUUCUUCCAAUAUCGUAUGGCUGCGGUCUUGGAGUUGGCGGCGCUGGUCAUCUUCGGUGGCAUUUCCAGUUGCAGAUCAGCAAUGGCUUGAAUCUUUUACUUUUGUUGUGUUGCUUUUGGUUUUAGCCGGAUCCAAUGCGGAAGUGCCGAAGAAUUUAUUUUCUUUUUCUCUUUUGUUGAUGACCGACAAUUGAGUCGGGUGCUCGUUCAACUGUCAGCCUUGUUGCUGGUCUUGGUUGGAGGAUUGAAUUUCAGCUGUCUACAACCAACAACAGCUGCAUUGUUCAAGGAAGCAAAUUCAAACCUUUGCCCCCUCUUUUACCUCCAACUCCUCUUGUGCUCCCACUAGCAUCUGCUGAAGGAUCUACAGAAUUGAUUCAAUGGCUAGUGGGAAGGCUUGUUGCUAGAUCCUGUAGUGCUGCGUCGAAUCGCUGGCGGGUCAGUCGGAAGACGGCUCCCAUCACGCGUGGAAGAUAUUUCUCCGAGCGAAAGCGCUGUGUGGCGGCUUCAACAACGAAAGAUUGGUGCUAGCAGCGGCGUUCCCCUCUUUUGCUUGGACUGUAGUAGGCGGUGAAGUUCACAUUGCGGUGUUGACAGAAGUGUUGAAAACGUCAUUAUUAUUAAUAUGAUCAAUUGAUACACAAUAAAUAUAUAUAUAUAUAUAUAUAUAUUGUGUGUACCACUGUGACACCAAGAGUCACAACUCUUGGUGUAAGGUCAAUAUAGAGUAGAUAGUAUUCUACACAUGAGACUAGUGUACUAUAUAGUAUAAUUCUCCCAAUACUCCUAUUAGUACACUAAUUUUCAUCCUCAAAUUGGAUUUCAUCUAUUAUGAGAAAUAUGUAUGAGAAAUAUAGGGUUUUAAUCUCCUUUUUGGGUAUUGCAUUGAUGUAGAGCUCUCUUGUAGCUCUCCCACUGCUUCUUCAAAUCUAAGAAGGCGCCUUGAUGGGCUUUGCGAUGGGGUUGACCAUCAAUGCGAGGUCGGCCAUGGCGGGCUCCGUUAUUGUAGUGGAGUCAAUUAUGGCGGAGUUGAUCGUGGCGAGCUUAGCUGCUGUUGUGGCAAACUCCGCUAUUACAGUAGAGUUGCCAGCCGAUGCAAGAUCGAUCGUGGCGAGCUCCGCUACUGUUGUAGCAUACUUCGCUGUUGUAAUGGAGUCGCCAGCCGAUGCGAGAUCGGCCAUGGCCGGCUUCACUACUAUUGUGGCGGGCUUUGCUUUUGUAGUGGAGUCGUCAACCGAUGCGAGAUCGGCCAUGGAGGAGUCCGUUGCUGUUAUGGCGGGCUCCACUGUUGUAAUGGUGUCAAUCUGUGUAUUUUGAUAUUUCAUGGAUUUGGAAUGAGGUGGCUUACUGUGUAUUCUCCCACUCCAUGAUGUAUCAAAAUAUGGUUGUUGUAGAAGGUCUGGUGAUUUUGAGUAGACCAACAAUGCUUGAAUUGUUGUAGAAUAGGUUUUUUAUUUUGAAUUGAGAAGAAUAGGAUACAUGCCUAGUUGAAAAAGGCACUGAAAAUGUUUCUCUUUGAAAAGAGAUUUUGUAAAUACAUUUGGUGUCAUAUAUGUGGUUGGCACAUAUUGUAAUUUAAUUUCCUUGGCAAGUAUCUUUUCUCUUGUGAAA